AUGCUUUCCCUUAUGGAUGUAUUUCAGUUCAAUGAUCGUUUUCUCAUAGAAAUCCAUGAGCACGCAUACUCCUGUCAGUUCGGAACAUUCAUAGGGAACUGUGAAAAAGAUCGGAAGGACUUGGAUGUGAUAAAGCGAACAAAGUCACUAUGGACAUACAUGAAUCAGCGCCAGGAUGACUAUCUUAACCCAUUCUAUGAGCCAACGACGUUUGGUGUUUUAUCCGAGUUGGAAACCCGUGCAUCCGAGAUGCAUGUGUGGCAUUCACUGUACAAUCGUUUUGAUGAAGGAUUACUACCUCUUGAGAACAUAACUGAUAUGGUGAUGGUAUCGAUGGAGCAUGUUGGGGUAUUAGAAAGUCAUAUAGCUGCUUUACGUAAUCGGAUUGCCGAGCUAAAAACCCAACUGGGUAAAGGAAAUGCUGCCGGAUGUAGCAAUUCCAUGGCGGAUAGCGGUCAUAGCAGUGGAACAGGCCAGUCUGAAGAACGGCUUGCCAACAACGAGCAACGGCCGUCGUCUCGCGAAAGUGGCAUUGGUGAUCAGUCUUCAGAUGAAGCUUUGGCACGAUUUCCCCUUCGAUGGCAACCACUUAGAGGUGCAACUCACUGCAGUGCAAAGUCGUGUCGAGCUGAGUUCCCUUCGGUGAUAGAUCGACGAAUCCAUUGUCAUCGCUGUGGGAAGAUCUUCUGUCGGCGAUGCGUUAAAAUGACUGCUGAUGGACGAGAACGAGUAUGUGACGGUUGUCGCGAUGAGACCUGA